AUGAACCCUCGGGACGUGAGCUUCAACGCGCACGAGCAACUUGAGAUUCUGGCCGAGAUCAUCAAGUCCAGCAAUAUCCCUCCAGACGUGGUCAUCCACUUUAUACGACAGAACGGCAUCGUCCCCGAUUGGGGUGAUGUGGCGCUCCCAAGGGGACGGACGGUCAAUCAAUGCAGCAACUGGUUUUACAAUGUCGUGAAUCAACCUGGCCCUUCUGGACCCGCUUCGGGCCAUGGCCAUGGCCAUAUCAGAUCGCAGAGUCUCCAAGGACCCAUUCAAGCGUCCUCUCUGAAACGUCCGUUUAGUCCGGAUCAACCUUCCUUUGCAGGUGGCCGUCUGCUUGUGCCCAAGCCACCUAUGUCUACCAUCGGGAACAUACUCAAUCAACCACCUGAGCCGCCGAAGAAGAAGCGCGGCAGACCUACGAAUGCAGAGAAGGCCGCUAGAAGCCAGCAGGAGCUCUUGCAUGGACAGCCAUUGCUGCCUCCCUCUCGACGCGUACCCCCACUUGCAAGUGGCAGCAGCAGCAGUGCUGUCGCACCAGGUCCUUUAUCCGCCGCAGCACAUGCUGCCCAAGCUGCUAUGCUACCCCAAAUUCGCGACGAGCCUCACAGCGCAGAAGAAUCCGAGACCUCAACUAGCAAGAAAAAGCGAGGUCGUCCCUCUAGUAUCGACGUGGGGACGCUACGGCCGCAGCAACAGUAUAGCGAGCCACAUGAAGCCGCUCCUGGACCUAGUUAUCCUGGACCAUCACGAUAUCCGAACAUACUAUCCCCUGAGGAGCCCCCAGGAGAAGGGAGUGCCAGACGACAAGAAGGCUCACCCAGGAAUGACCCAGCAACAUACCGAUAG